AUGGUCCAAGCAACCGGUGGGGGACUCGGGACCUGGAAGUACCCCCAGGCCCAGCCUCCACCGCCACCAUCGCCCGAGGACAGGCGAGGGGAGAGGCUGCUGGAGCUGCACGCCUCCUUCAGGGAGCUGUUCACCUUCUUCUGCACCAACGCCACCAUCCACGGCGCCAUCCGCCUCGUCUGCUCCAGCGGGAACCGCCUGAAGACAGCGUCCUGGGGGCUGCUGUUGGUGGGCGCCCUGGGCGCACUGUACUGGCAGUUCGGGCUCCUCUUCGAGCAGUACUGGAGCUACCCGGUCAUCACAACUGUGUCCGUGCACUCAGAGCGGAAGCUCUUCCCGUCGGUCACUCUGUGUGACAUGAACCCACACCGGCCCAGCCCUGUCCACCGCCAUCUGCAGGCGCUUGAUGAGUUUGCCCAGGAGACUCUCUACGCCCUGUACACGUUCAACUUCAGCGAGAGCCAGGAAGUCCCUGGUGCCGCGGACCUGGACCCCGAGCCCGCCUUCCAGCUGGACCGCAGGAUUCACCUGCAGCGGCUGAGCCGCCCGGGGGGUCAGAACAAAGUGGGUUUCAGACUGUGUAACAGCACCGGCGGCGACUGCUUCUACCGGGUCUACUCAUCGGGCGUGACGGCUGCCAGAGAGUGGUACCGCUUCCACUACAUCAACAUCCUGGCCCUGCUGCCACCUACCCAUGAGGACAGCCACCGGAGCCACGGCAGCCACUUCGUCUACUCCUGCCGCUACGACGGCCGGCACUGCGAGGCCCCGCACUUCCAGACAUUCCACCACCCCACCUAUGGCAGCUGCUACACCUUCAAUGGUGCCUGGGCUGCACAGCACCCAGGUAUCACCCACGGGAUCAGCCUGGUCCUCAGGACUGAGCAGCAGGACCACCUCCCUCUGCUGUCCACGGAGAAUGGCAUCAAGGUCAUGAUUCACUCGCGGGACCACACGCCCUUCCUAGAGCAUCGUGGCUUCAGCAUCCGGCCAGGGACCGAGACCACCAUCGGCAUCCGAGAGGACGAGGUGCACAGGCUCGGGAGCCCCUAUGGCCACUGUUCGGACGGCGGGGAGGGCGUGGAUGUGCCACUGCUGUACAACGCCUCGUACACCAUGCAGGCCUGCCUGGUUUCCUGCUUCCAGCAGCUGAUGGUGGAGACCUGCUCCUGUGGCUACUACCUCUACCCCCUGCCGGUGGGGACUGAGUACUGCAGCUACACUCGGCACCCAGCCUGGGGACACUGCUUCUACCGCCUCUACAGGGACCUGGAGACCCACCGGCUUCCCUGCGCCUCCCGCUGCCCCAGGCCCUGCAGGGAGUCUUCAUACAAGCUGUCUGCUGGGACCUCCAGGUGGCCUUCCUCCAAGUCGGCCGACUGGACCCUGGCUGUGCUGGGCAAGCGGGGCCGCUGGAUCCCUAGCCGGAGCCCCAGGAGCAGCGUCGCCAAGAUGAACAUCUUGUACCAGGAGCUCAACUACCGCACAGUGGACGAGACGCCCGUGUACUCAGUGCCGCGGCUGCUUUCGGCCAUGGGCAGCCUCUGGAGCCUGUGGUUCGGCUCGUCCGUGCUCUCUGUCCUGGAGCUGCUGGAGCUGCUGCUGGAUGCCGUGGCCCUUGCCCUGCUGCUGGGCUGCCGCCGGCUCCGCAGCGCCGGGGGUGCCCAGCCGGGGGCGGCCAGAAGGGCAUCCCACCUUGGGCCAGAGGCCACCCAGUUGCCCAGUGACUGCAGGCCUGAUGUUGAACGUCCAGGGGCCCGGCUGGCCUCAUCUCCUGCGACGCUUCCAGGGGCUCCGGCAGGGGCCUCGGCUAAGGAGUCUCGGCUGUGA